AACACCAACCAGCAUCCCCACCACCACCAACCACUUUCCAUUUUCCUUCAAACCCAAGAGACUAAAACCUGCCAACCUCCUGAAUGCGCCUUCUCUUUCACAAUUUACAUCGUCCAUGGUAUUGUCACUGCCUGUUCUAGCCUUGGAUCGCAUUCCUAGUUCUUGGUCUUUCCAAUGGCGAGCUUGGGGUCUUGGCCGGUUUUUGCUUCGAGGUUUGCUUUCAGGCUAUGUAUUCUGAUCCUUGUCUUGGAGGCCAAGUUUGAUGUUAUGGCUGCUGAUGGCAGUUAUGUUCCGGGGGUUAAUAGCGCUGGUGGCGGCAAUGAUGCAUCGCAGCUUUGUGACAAUGAUCUGAGCAGUUUUAUGCUACCACCAUAUAGUAAUUCAUCAUCUGAUCUAGUCUGCAGACCUAUUUGGAACACUUUUGUUUUGAGAUACUCUCAGACAGAAGAUCACGUCGUGAACAUUAUAUUAUCCGCUGUAUACACAACAGGAUGGGUAGGAAUAGGAUUUUCCAAAGAUGGAAUGAUGGUUGGUUCAAGUGCAAUAGUGGGAUGGAUUAACAAAAAAGGCGAAGCAAGAAUUAAGCAAUACUAUUUGCAAGGCUCCAAGGUGUCACUAGUUAUCCCAGAUAAAGGUGAAUUGCCACUCACUGGCAUUCCUGCUUCUGUUGUGCUUCAUGGACCUAGAAUUUACUUGGCUUUUCAGAUGAAAUUCCAAGCUCAUCUUGCUCGUCAGCCAAUCAUCUUGGCUAUCGGAAGCGGUUACCCCAAGCACCACCACCUAACCAUACACAACGAUAAAACAACCGUCAUGUUCGAUUUCUCUGCAGGCUCCGCAUCUGCGCUAGAGGCACCUAGUCAUCUUGGGAAAAUGAAGAAGAACCAUGGAAUAUUGGCUAUAUUUGGAUGGGGUCUAAUAAUUCCUAUUGGGGCAAUUGUGCCAAGAUACUUGAAGCACAAGGAACCUUUGUGGUACUAUCUCCAUUCAAUUAUUCAAUUUGUUGGAUUUGUGAUUGGGCUUGCAGCUGUGGUAGUUGGCCAGAAACUCUAUACUAAAAUAGGAGCCAACUUUCCAACGCAUAGAGGCAUCGGGAUUUUUGUUCUUGUACUUAGCAUCCUUCAGAUAUUGGCAUUUUUCCUAAGGCCCAACAAGGAUGCCAAGAACAUUAGAAAGUACUGGAAUUGGUACCACCACUGGCUUGGAAGGUUUGCACUCUUCUUUGCAGCCGUGAACAUAGUUCUGGGGAUCAAGAUUGGAGGUGAAGGAAAUGACUGGAAGAUUGGUUACGGAUUUCUUCUCGGCGUAAUUCUUGUCUCAGUAAUUCUGUUAGAAGUAUUGGCAAGGAUGAGAAGAACAGAGAAGGAUGAUAUUACUCCAAACUUCCAAAUGAAUCCAGUCCAAUUAUAGGCAGCGAGAAAGAUUCAAGUUCUCUAAGUCUCUAAGAGGUUUCUCUCUCGUUUUUCUUCCUUUUCUUUUCUUCGUUUUUGUAAUGCAUGAUAUCACAGUGAGUAAAAUACAGAAUGAAAAAAAAAAAAAAAAUUUGUAUGAAAUAGCUACGUGUAUUUUUUGACAUAUAUGAAUGACAAAUACAUGUAUAAUAUGUAUGUACAAUUGAGGUGCAUAGUAAAAGCUAAAAGAAAAGUCGGAAGUGUUUUUCAGCAUGA